AGUGGCCACUUUUACCACUCUCUUGUCCUUAAGGAGAGUGGGACCCUCAGUAUGCACAAGCUGAAGGGUGGCUCUGGCCCUCCCGUCCAGGACAUAUAUGAAUUCUCUAUGGACGAGGAAGACCCUAAAGUGUUCCUCGGGGCCAGGAGCACAAGGGUGGUUUCUCCUGCAGCUGACUACAUCAGGUCUGAGCAUGAGCAAGCAGGCAUGUUAACUUUGCCGCAUAUGGAGGACCAGGAACUGAUGGAGCCUCUGGUACCCCAAAAAAAGAAAAGGAAGAGAUGUGGCGUAUGUGGGCCUUGCAUGCAGAAGGAGAACUGCGGUUCCUGCAGCAACUGCCUGAACAGAAAGAUCGGACACCAGAUCUGCAAACUGAGAAAGUGUGAUGAGCUCAAGAGAAGGAAGAGCCCAUGGGAGGUGGAAUAUAUUGAAGACGUAAAAACCCAGUCCAUAAUCCCAAACCUGGCUAAAGAGACUGUUUCUGUGGUGGGUUCAGUGGAUGGCCCCAGAGGAAGAGGCCAGAUGGAAAUUGGGUCCCAUGACCGCCUGGAAGAAGGCAUGUUAAACCAUGAACUGCCUAAUGGGCUUAGCAAACAUGCAGCAAAUGAAGAAAAUAUUUGUGAUGAAGAAGUCAGAGGCGUGGCCAGGGAGCAACACCAGCAGAACUACCAUGAGGGGGCUGGAUGUAUUUCCCAGACACCGGGCUGGGUCCCUGAGCAAGCUGGGAAGUCUUCAAGUCCUGAAACUCAACAGGGUGCUUGGAGUGGCCAAAAUGCUAGCACUCCAGUGAAUGAUGUGGAUAUGGAGGAUGCACGAACCCUGGUGGCCUUUUCUGCUACAGUUGGCUCACUGCCACCUUACACCAACCAUCAAACUUCUCAGACUCCUACAGCUCAGCUGUAUGAAAGGUUCCAUCAGGAAAUGUCUAAUGGAGGUGAGGAGGCCAGAAAGAAAGGUGUGGAUGGUGAGUUGUGCCCCCCUGAAGAUCUAAACACUCUUCAAGCAGCACUGAGCAAGGCCCGUCAUGGCCACAAGCCACCUAACUGUGAUUGUGAUGGCCCAGACUGCCCUGACUACCUGGAGUGGCUGGAGAAGCAAAUCAAAAUGGUGGCUAACUCCCAGGAUAAAGGUUCCUGUAAGAUCACUGGUGCUCCUCCACAGCCACAUGCACAGCAUCGCUAUUCUCAAUCCCAACCACAACAAUGUGGAGGUAACCUCUUGUGUAUGCAAGACACAAAUCCACAGCCCCUUGUUAACCAGCCUUCUGCUCCUAGACCCUUUGGCCCACCAGCACCUAUUCCCUGCUCCCCUAGUGUUCUGUCCAUAGCCAAGGAAAGAAAUGUUAGUUUGCAAACAGCCAUUGCAAUUGAGGCUCUGACUCAGUUGUCUGCCACUGUCCCACAAACUGUUGUUCCUCCAGGCGAAUCUUCACCUGCAAAUCAACAUCAGCAUCUGCCAACCUCCUACCCCCAGAGUAUGCCACAAGUGGUCUCUUCAUCAUCUGGUCCUUUUUUUUCCUCCUCUGCUAUGUCACAGCCCAUCCCUUCAGGACGUUACCCCCAGGAGGUAUCAUCUUGGGAGCAGCUGAGACCUCAGUCUCAGGGUGAGGCCCCUGCACCUAACUCAUCUCACUAUGCUUCCCCAUACCCAUCCUCCAAGUCCCCAUUUUCAAGCAUACACCCAUCCUCCCCCAAUCCCCGACCCCAGCAGUGGAACCAGAGCACAGCUGGAAGCUGCGAGAGAAGCUCCCCUCGGAACCCAUGGAUGAUGGAGAACACAGAGUCCCAGCUUCGUUUUGUAAACCCAUCCCAAGGCAGCAGUGACCCAGUGUCCGAGCUAAAGCAACUCCUUGGAGACACCGGUGGAAAGUACUCCAACUCAGCCUUCAAGUUCCCACUCCUUCACCCCAGCUUGCAGGAUGGUCGCAAGGGCAGCCUUGCUGGGAUGCCUCACAUCAAGCAGGAGGCAGACACAAAGGAGUACCUGGGCUCAGGAUGUGCAGUCAUGGCUCAGGAGGGGAUGGUAAAUGGCCAGCAGCCGUUCCAGGGUCAGCAGUUUUCACCCACAAUUAGGCACUCAACUCAGGCAGCACUACAGCAGCACCUUCAUCAUAAACGUAACCUCUUCUCUAAUUCUCCUGCCUUUAGUCCGUUAGCCCCCAUGGCUUGUCAGAACCUUCGUAAAUGGUGGCCACAGUCUAUUCCAGAGAGUCCUGUAACCAUCAAGCAGGAGCACAAAGAACCCAAAAAGAAAAAGGGUGCUCAAAGUUCUCCUCUUCUCAAGCAGUCAGUGGGUGGGCUAUUUGGUCCACUAGGCACACCUCUUCCAAAACCCAAACAGAUUGUUAUCAAGAAGCAUAAACAGAAAGCUUCCCAGCCAACUUUUCUCCCACAGAAACAGAUUACAAUAUCGAAACCUCCCUUCAUCUCCCCAGGAUAUGCUCCAUCCCUUUCUCAGCUUGUUCCAUCUCUACCAGGCAUGGAAGCUGGGCUUCCCCCCUCUCAGGUGGCUGAGAGCCACCCAGCUCCAGCUCAAUCUCAGGAAUCCAUUUUGAAUAGCAGUAGUGCACCCAUCUCUGAAAACACUCAUUUUUCUUUUACCCCUGUGUCAGUUCUAGCACCAUCCACCCAGAAGGUGAUCGCUUGCUCAGGCCCAGCUGGGCCAAAUGACAGCAUCCCAACAACCAGUAUCACGCCUCAAACCUCUACAACACAGCCAAUUCCUUCUCUGGCUGGCCUCAGUAACCUAGAUCCAAAAUUUGAAGAGCUUAUUCGCCAGUUUGAGGAGGAGUUUGGGGACACCAUUUCCUCAGCAUCUGCAGCAGAGACCCCAGAGAAUGGCCCUGCUCAGCCAGUGGUGACCGAGUCACAACCAAACUCAGGACAAACCAGACCCGAGUCACCAUCCCCAAAGCAGUCAGUUAACUGCCCCCCUGUUCCCACAAAUGAGUCAGAGCCCAUGGAUGAAGGUCAAAAGGACAUGACUGAAAGACUGAAAGAAAAAACAUCAUUGCCAUCUGAGGAGCUCUAUACUGUCAAACAGGAAAGUGAGGAAUGUGAGGUGGAUGUGAAACCUUCUGGGCAGCUCCUGUCUGUAGCUCAGGAUGCAUUUCUGGAGCGACAGCACCCCUUCAUCACACCUUUCUCCCCUCCAACUAAACGUAUAAAGAUUGAGUCAUCUGGUGGCGUGACUGUGCUUUCCACAACUGCAUGUUUCUCUGCAGACGGAGAGGGGGAUGAUUUGAAUACUCCCACCAAGGAUAGCUUUCCCUCCUCCCCUUCACUUAAAGGUUUUCUUGAGUCACCAUUGCGCUACCUGGACACUCCCACCAAGAGCCUACUGGAUACACCUGGGAAAAAUUCCCAACCUGAUUUUCCCAUCUGUGACUGCGUUGACCAAAUCCUAGAAAAGGACGAGGGCCCAUACUAUAACCAUUUGGGGUCUGGGCCAGACAUGCCUUCAGUCAGAAAACUGAUGGAAGAGAGGUAUGGGGAGAAGGGUGAGGCCGUUCGUAUUGAGAGGGUGGUUUACACAGGACGAGAAGGAAAGAGCUCUCAGGGAUGUCCUAUCGCUAAGUGGGUGAUUCGUCGCAGCAGCGAGAAGGAGAAAUUGUUAUGCAUUGUGAAGCAACGGCCUGGGCACCACUGUGCCAAUUCUGUUAUUGUUGUUGUUAUCUUGGCCUGGGAAGGUGUGCCCCGUGCUCUAGGAGAUAAACUGUACAGAGAACUCACAGAAACCAUCAUUAAAUACGGCAACCCCACCAGCCGCCGUUGUGGACUCAAUGACGAUCGAACAUGUGCGUGCCAAGGGAAGGACUCAGAGACCUGUGGAGCUUCCUUCUCUUUUGGCUGCUCCUGGAGCAUGUACUUCAAUGGAUGCAAGUAUGCUCGAAGCAAAAACCCUCGCAAGUUCAGACUGCAGGGAGACCACCCCAAAGAGGAGGAUGAUCUCAGGGAUAACUUCCAAAACUUGGCCACGCAUGUGGCCCCUCUAUAUCAGCGGCUGGCUCCCCAGGCCUACAGUAACCAGUGUGUAAAUGAGAACAUUGCUUCAGACUGUCGGUUGGGUUUGAAGGAAGGACGGCCAUUUUCAGGAGUCACUGCAUGCAUGGAUUUCUGUGCCCAUGCUCACAAAGACCAGCAUAACCUUCACAAUGGCUGCACUGUGGUGUGCACUCUUACGAAAGAGGACAAUCGCUCAGUGGGCACAAUUCCAGAAGAUGAGCAGCUGCAUGUGCUUCCACUCUACAAGAUCUCUACAACCGAUGAAUUUGGUAGUGAGGAGAACCAGCGUCUCAAAAUGCAAACAGGAGCCAUCCAGGUGCUCUCUAACUUCCGUCGAGAAGUUCGAAAACUUCCGGAACCUGCUAAAUCCUGCCGGCAGCGUCGGUUGGAGGCCAAAAAGGCAGCAUCAGAGAAGAAGAACAGAAAAUUGCAGCUCGCAGAAACCCCAGAGAAGACUGUCAAGAUGGAGAUGCACCACAUGGAGUCACCCCACCCUCAGCAAGGCAAUAAAGCUAUUCCAAAACAAGAGGUGAAACCAACCAUCAAAAAAGAGCCUGUCGACCGCUUCCAGCCCUUCAAUGGAGCCAUACAUGGCUACCCAGCACUAAGGAACGGCAAGACAACCCCUGAUCCCCACAACAUAAGCAGUUCAUUCUCCUACCCUGGUAACUAUGCAAGAGGUCGCAUCCCUACCAACAGCCAACCUCCUGCACAGAGCCCCAUCAAUGGCUUUCACCCUAACCUCCAAGAAAUACGCUACCGAUAUUACAACUACCCUCCUAGUGCACUUUUUCCUCCUGAGCUCUUGGGAUAUGAUAACGGAGCCUGGCCCAAAGCUGGAGAACCCUCUGCCACACCAUUUGACCAAAAGCCAGAUGUUCGGUGUCUCCAAGCCACACUGGCACAGGCCUAUCACAGCCGUCCUGGGCAGUCACAGCAACAAAUGGCUGAUGCAUCCAUUCAAGGCUACCCACACCCUUCUGAGAUUUCGCUGUCUCCUGUUCCACCUAGUCGUACUCCAUCAGUGUCACUUGAACAGACCCACCGCUCAACACCAAUCAUCAAGCAGGAGCCCAUGGAUGUGCCACUAUAUGAUGGCAGAUCAGAUGGGCAAGCUCAGAGCUGCCCUAGCACUCCCAGUACCACCCCAAAACCUGAAGGCUGGCCUGAGCACAAACCAAAUGGCAGCAUAGUCUCUAAAGGCUGGGAUGGAAACAUCAGAACUGCAACUAAUUUGCCUUUCACUCCAGAUAAGCAGAGGCUCCACCAGCAACACCCACACCAACAUGAACACCUUCAGUAUCCACAGCAGCAACAGUGGAAUCCCUGCCCUAACACUCUAAUGUCAUCCCCUGCCCAAUCUCCAUCCCCAUCCCUAAAAAGCUGUCCAUCACCUGCACCCUCUCCACACCCAUCCACCCCAAGACAGUGGGGUAGCCCUGCCCCUAGUCCACAGCCCAAAGCAUGGGGUCCUUACGGUCCCAUGGGUUACGGCACUGGUGGUAUCAGGCAAGGCAACCCUGCUGGUGCUUUCCCAGAUAAAAUGCUUUCCCAAGCAGGUGAGAAUUGUGGCUCUGCACCUCUGGGACUCCAGGAGAAAGCCUGGAAAUCUGGUGGUGGAUCAGCAGCAAGCAGCACACCAUCUCCAGCUCCUGAGGGACGCUUGUUUCCUGAUUCACUGCAAAGGUCGAAUGGUCAGGCAUGUUGGGACAGUGAGGCAGAGACCCAGAGUGAACGUGACCCUGAAGAGGAUGAGGUGUGGUCGGACAGUGAACACAACUUCAUGGAUCCCAACAUUGGAGGAGUUGCAGUUGCCCCUGCUCAUGGCUCUAUCUUGAUUGAGUGUGCCCGUCGGGAGCUCCAUGCCACCACGCCACUUAAAAGGCCUGACCGAUCUCACCCAAGUCGCAUAUCCCUGGUAUUCUACCAGCACAAGAACCUGAACCAGCCCAGCCACGGUCUGGCUUUGUGGGAAUCCAAGAUGAAACUCCUGGCCGAGCGAGCACGACAGCGGCAACAAGAAGCAGCUCUUUUGGGUCUCUCACAGGAAGAAAUUAAGGCCUAUGGGAAAAAGCGCAAGUGGGCAGCUGGAUCAGCAAGCCCAUCCCCUGGACAAACCAAGGACAAACGAGAGGGUGUGAUGACACGAAUGGCGCCCACACAGCAUACCACCACCGUAGUCACAGUUUCACCUUACCCGUCCACACACCUCACUGGUCCUUACAGCCGAUUCGUGUGAACUCUUGUAAACUGUUGCCCCCUAGAGCCAGAGAUGGGAAUAGAAAUGAAAAGGAUCAUGAAUCUUACACCUUUACCAUUCGCUUCCCCUCUUCUAGCUCUAACACCUCUCAGGCCACCACAAGGGAGGGAUAUUAGAAGAAGGGGCACUUUUUUUCACUUUUUUUUUCUUUUACCUCAAAUUUUGGCAGCAGUUUGGGAACUCCCCAAACGGACACGCUGUCUAUGGUGCUCUUGCUCUCUCCAACGUGGGAGGGAUUUCCAUAGCUACCCCUCCUUAAGUGAAUUUGAUCCUAAUUAUUAUUGCUCUAUUAUCAAUAUUAUUACAAUUGCUAUUGUUACUGUCAACGUUGAUAUUACAGGUAUUGUUAUUAUA